AAAGAGGGAAGGAGACAGAGGGGAAUCGGGGAAGAGACAUUUCUCCUCUCUCUAUGCGUGCGUCUCGCAUCAUAGAGACUCGAGAAACGAAAAGCGAAUCCCGAAGAGCCACCACUUAAAUCGACUGUGUAUUUCUGCAACUUAGACCGCCCUUUUUGUUGUCGUUUCAAGUUCACUCCCUGGGUUUUAGAUGAGAAGAAGAUGAACGACCCCGAAUUCCAAAUAUUCGAUUAUUUUCCGGGGUAGUUGGAGCAAUUUGUCAUGGCUAAGCGAGUUUAUCAAGCUUGGAAAGGAAGCAAUAGAUUCAUCUUUAGUGGGAGGUUGAUAUUUGGACCAGAUGCCAGGUCACUGAUUGUCACUGUACUGCUUAUACUCGUUCCCAUCAUUAUAUUCUGCGUUCUAGUGGCGAGGCACCUUCGCCAUUUAUUUCCAACAUACAAUGCAGGAUACGCAAUUCUGGUGGUAGCAAUUGUCUUUACCAUUUAUGUAAUGGUGCUUCUUCUUUUAACAUCAGCUCGGGACCCCGGUAUCAUUCCGCGUGCAUCACAUCCGCCUGAGGAAGAGUUCUGUUAUGAAUCAGCUUCAGUUGAUGUUGGUGGAAGGCAAACUCCAAGCUUACAAUUCCCUCGCACCAAAGAAGUUAUUGUCAAUGGCAUGGCCGUGAGGGUGAAAUAUUGUGAUACUUGUAUGUUGUAUCGUCCUCCCCGUUGCUCUCAUUGCUCAAUCUGCAACAACUGUGUGGAGCGAUUUGAUCAUCAUUGCCCUUGGGUGGGCCAGUGCAUUGGAUUGCGUAAUUACCGUUUCUUCUUUAUGUUCGUUUCUUCUUCGACUCUCCUUUGCAUCUAUGUGUUUGCUAUAUCAGCAUUGUACAUCAAGAUACUCAUGGAUGAUAAUAAUGGCACAGUUUGGGAGGCAAUGAAAGACUCUCCUGCGGCAGUAGUGCUCAUGGUCUAUUGCUUUAUUUCUCUGUGGUUUGUUGGUGGUCUCACUGGCUUUCACUUAUAUCUUAUUGGUACAAACCAGACGACAUACGAGAAUUUCCGUUACAGAUCUGACAGCCGGCGUAAUGUCUUCAAUCGUGGUUGCUUAAAUAAUUUCUUAGAAGUAUUCUGCUCAAAGAUAGCGCCUUCGAGGAACAAUUUCCGUGCUUUCGUGCAGCCGGAAGUGCCUAGGCUUCCGAUGACUCGUACACGUGAAAUGGAAGUAGAAAAUUUAAGCGGAAACCCACGUGCAAAGGUGGAAGAUGAUCUAGAGUUAGGUGGAGAUCUCUUGAAGAUCUCCCAGCGCCGUAACUUUGAAGAAGUGGAUGAAGAUAUACACAGCAGAAGCAGCAACGGUCAACGUCGUGAUACUCCAGAAGCUGACUUUGUUUUGGGUUCGGACCAACAAGCACCUGCUGUUCGUUCAGAGGCCCGCCACUCAAGUUGGGGUAGGAGGAGUGGGAGCUGGGAUAUAUCGACUGAUAUUCUUGCCAUGAACGCUGCAGUCACUGAAAGCAAAAACUAUAACACACAGAAGGAAUCACAGUAGUAAGGCGCUGGUUAUUUUAGGUGAUUCUUGUGACUUGCAUACAGACGCGAAUGCACUGAAUGGUUCAAUUUUCCUAUCUGGGUUGUGAUGAGCCCAAUUCAGGCCAUGGUUGGUGAAAUUGCCAUUGAUUUGACAAUUACAGAUGAACCCAUGGGAAUCAAUUUAAUUCCCCUCUAAGUAUAGUUCCUGUAUCCACUUGUGCAGUGCAAUACCUCUUCCAUUUGUUUUAGGGGGCAGGUGUGUUUGUAACUACAGGCAGCCUUGGGGGUAAAAGAGAUGUUUUGCUUGUUUUUUUCCUCUUCUUUUUAAAUCUUCUAGUUUACAUUGUGUAACAAUUUGAUAUUGUGGAUUUGUGAAUCUUUAGUUGGUGGCUUGAUUCUUUGUGU